UCCAAACACACGCACAAGCGCGCGCGCGCACGCACACACACACACACACACCACACACACAGAGCGCGAGACGACCAGGCAGUGAUGGAGAAAUUUCCUCCGAAGUUCAGCAGGGUGUUGGUGACCCCUGACCCGCACUACAUCCCGGGCUACGCAGGCUACUGUCCACAGCUGAAAUUUCACAUGGGGAUGCCGUACAGUCCGCUCACGGCUCAACUCCUGACCUCUCCGGAGAUUUCACACUCUCCGAGAAUGGUGUUGAGUUCAGGACUGUCACCUUCCACAGAAAGGGACACCGGGACGAGGGAGGAGGUCCGGACGAGAGGGACAGGACACGGCAAGACGGUGCAGAGAAUGAUACCGGGCUACACAGGUUUCAUCCCGAGAAGUCAGAACUAUUUCUCAAAGUCGUACACAGACACGUGUCGAGAAGCACUUAGUGAGUUUGAUUCAGAUCAGAAAAGGAGAAUUCGGCCAGCUACAGCUGACGGGCUACCUGCAGAAUUUCCAGACAUCAAGCGACGGGCACUGAACACUCCUUUGGUGGUUAUCUCUAAAGAACCGUUGUCCUAUAAAUCCAUGGACUGCUGGAAGCCCCUCGGCUCUCCAUAUUCAAUGGAAGACGACAACCCACACAAGUACUUCAUUUCAGGUUUUACUGGCUACGUUCCCAAAGCCAGGUUCCUGAUAGGUUCUAGCUAUCCCAAAACCACCAACAAGGCGCUGAUCCAGCUUGGCAAGCAGAUGAAGGCGAGUCACAGUGCGCACGGCCUGACGACAGAAAGCGCUGACAAUCUGGUCUCAUUGCCCAGCAUCUACCCCACACAGCAGGGUCUGCUGCCCCGCUACACCGGACACGUGCCAGGAUACAAAUUUCGAUACGGACAGACGUUCGGGAAGCUCACCAGCAACUCGCUAGAGCUGAGCGGCACACGCAGGAAGAUCGACAUCGAGGAAUGAAUCAUGGAGCUUUAGAUGGACCCCAGCAGCUAGUACGAUCACCGGCACUCAGGAAAAAUAUCACAAGAAUCACAAAUAUAAGCGGGAUUAAAGGAAAAUGGAACAUGGA